GGUUGUGGUGGAGCAGGGGCAGACUGAGCCGAGCCAAGCCGAGGCAGGCUGUGUGUGAGUGGGGGGAGACACGCCGAGAUCCUUCAGCUCUGGAUUAUUGUUUCACUUUUUUUUUUCCCCCACGCAUGAGACUUUUACGUGUCCGGACUCCUCCCGCCGCCAACACCUGAGCUCGGCUCGGGUUCAUGUCGUGCAGAGCAAGAGAAGCAGCAGCAGAAGAAGUGGUGGAAGAAGAAGAAGAAGAAGAAGAAGAAGAAGAAGAAGAAAGGCAGCGGCGGCAGCAGCGCGUGGGACUGUGGAUUUAAAUCACACUGAUCGGACUCUUCUGCGCGCGUCCGUCCAGUCAUGAUCCACUGAGCCGACACUUCAUCAGACCUGCAGCCAGCUCUUCUCUUUCCUCCUCCCCUCCUCUCCUCCUCUCUCCCUCCAUCCUCUCCUCCUCCACUCUGUCCACCAUGCUCCCCUCCCUGCCUCUCCUCCUCUGCCCCCUCCUGCUCCUCUCCUCCCCCCUCCUCUCUGCCCCGGCUGCCCCUCCCCCUCCCUCCGCGGCGUCGGGCCGAGUGGUGUACCGAGCGUUCGACACCUCCCUCACCCACCUGACCGUCCACCGGAGGACAGGGGAGGUGUUCGUCGGCGCCGUCAACCGAGUGCUGAAGCUGUCGUCCAACCUGACGGAGAUGAGGAGUCACAUGACCGGACCCGUGGAGGACAACGCCAAGUGUUACCCUCCGCCCAGCGUCAGGGCCUGCGCUCACCGGCUGGACUCGUCAGACAACGUGAACAAGCUCUUGUUAGUGGAUUACACAGGGAACCGUCUGGUGGCGUGCGGCUCCAUCUGGCAGGGCGUCUGUCAGUUCCUCCGACUGGAGGACCUCUUCAAACUGGGGGAGCCGCAUCACCGCAAGGAGCACUACCUGUCCGGAGCCAGAGAGGCUGAUGGGAUGGCAGGUGUGGUUGUCGGUGAGGACGACUGGACAGCCGACCCCAAGAGGAAGAAGCCGAUGAAGGGCGGCAGCCGUCUGUUCAUCGGCGCCGCCAUCGAUGGGAAGUCGGAAUACUUCCCAACGCUGUCCAGCCGGAAGCUGGUGGCAGACGAGGAGAGCGUCAACAUGUUCUCGCUUGUCUACCAGGACGAGUUUGUCUCCUCGCAGAUCAAGAUCCCGUCGGACACGCUGUCCCUCUACCCGGCCUUCGACAUCUACUACGUCUACGGCUUCUCCAGUCGCACGUACGUCUACUUCCUGACGCUGCAGCUGGACACGCAGCUGACGCAGAUGGACGCCGGCGGGGAGAAGUUCUUCACCUCUAAGAUUGUCAGGAUGUGCUCCAACGACACCGAGUUCUACUCAUACGUGGAGUUUCCUCUGGGCUGCACCAAAGACGGCGUCGAGUACCGACUCGUCCAGGCCGCCUACAAACAGAAACCAGGGCGACGGCUGGCCCAGGCGCUCGGCCUGUCGGAGGAUGACGAUGUCCUGUUUGUCGUCUUCUCACAGGGUCAGAAGAAUCGCUCCAACCCGCCCAGAGAGACGGUCCUCUGCCUGUUCACCCUCCACGACAUCAACCUGGCCAUGAGAGAGAGGAUCCGCUCCUGUUACCGGGGAGAAGGGCGCCUCUCGUUGCCGUGGUUACUCAACAAGGAGCUGCCCUGCAUCCACACGCCGAAGCAGAUCGGAGACGAUUUCUGCGGCCUGGUGUUGAACCAGCCGAUCGGAGGCCUGAGGGUCAUCGAGGGACACCCGCUGUACGAGGACCGCACCGAGGGCAUGGGCGCUGUGGCGGCCUACACGUACGGGGAGCACACGGUGGUGUUCGUGGGAACCCGGAGCGGACAGCUGAAGAAGAUCCGUGUGGACGGGAUCUCACUGCCAGCCCAGAAUGCUUUGCUGUAUGAGACGGUGACGGUUGUAGAAGGGAAGCCGAUCCUGAGAGACAUGGUGUUCAGUCCAGACCAUCAAUACAUCUACCUGCUGAGUGACAGACAGGUGAGCAGGCUGCCGGUGGAGAGCUGUGAGCAGUACAGCAGCUGUUCAGACUGUCUGGGAUCUGGAGACCCUCACUGUGGCUGGUGUGUCCUCUUCAACAAGUGUUCCACACAGGAAGCAUGUGACAAGUGGGAGGAGCCUCAACACUUCAACACCCGAUUGGACCAGUGUGUCGACAUUUCUGUUACCCCGAGCAACAUGUCAGUCACCUCCCCGGCGACACAGUUAACCAUUCGGGUGCAGAACGUCCCGGCUCUGUCCGGAGGCGUCUCCUGUGUAUUUGAGAACCUGAGCGAAAGCCCCGGAGAGGUGCUGGCUAAAGGCCAGGUGAUGUGUUUGUCGCCGUCUCUGAGAGACCUGCCAACACACACACACUCCUACGGAGAGAAGCAUGUGGUGCAGCUCAGUCUUCGCUCCACAGAGACCGGACAUCAGUUCAUCACCACCAGCUUCAUCUACUACAACUGCUCUGUGCUCAACUCGUGUACUUCCUGUGUCAGCAGCAUGUUUCCGUGUCAUUGGUGUAAAUAUCGUCACGUCUGCACCAACAACCUGCAGGACUGCUCCUUCCAGGAGGGACGAGUCAGCAACCUGGAGGGCUGCCCUCAGAUCCUCCCCACAUCGGACAUCCUGGUCCCGGCCGGGAUGGUGCGUCCAAUCACGUUGCGAGCUCGUAACCUCCCCCAGCCUCAGUCGGGUCAGAAGAACUAUGAGUGCGUGUUCAACAUCCAGGGCAAAGUUCAACGAAUCCCCGCCGUCCGCUUUAACUCCUCCUGCAUCCAGUGUCAGAACACCUCGUACUGGUACGAGGGCGACGAAGCCGGUGACCUCCCGGUGGAUUUCUCUAUUGUCUGGGACGGAGAUUUCUUCAUUGACAAACCUGCGUCCAUGAAAGCGUUGCUGUACAAGUGCGAGGCUCAGCGAUCCAGCUGUGGCCAGUGUCUCAAAGCUCCUGCAGCCUUCGAGUGCGGCUGGUGCACAGAGACCAGGAAGUGUCUCCUGCACCAGCACUGUCCCUCCCCCGAACAGAACUGGAUGCACCACGGUCGACACAACCUGCGCUGCAGCCACCCACGCAUCACCAGGAUCGACCCUCUGACGGGGCCCCGGGAAGGGGGGACGCGAGUGACGAUCGAGGGCGAGAACCUGGGUCUGCAGGUGAAGGAGAUCGCUCAUGUCCAGGUGGCUGGAGUCCGCUGUAACUCCGUCCCCUCGCAGUACAUCAGCGCUGAGAGGAUCGUGUGUGACAUGGCCGAAGCUCUCCUCCCUCACUCACCGGGUGGCCCUGUCGAGCUCUGCAUUGGUGUCUGCAGCGCCGAGUAUCGAACCCUCUCCACCCAGACAUACUCCUUUGUGAGCCCCAGUUUCAGUCGCGUUCGGCCAGAGAAGGGUCCCGUCUCUGGGGGAACCAGGCUGACAGUGACCGGCCGACACCUGGACGCCGGCAGCAGCGUCACCGUUUACAUCGACAAGGAGGAGUGUCUGUUUGUCAAGCGGACCAAUCGGGAAAUAAUCUGCAUAACUCCAGCCUCCCUGUCGGGCUCUGGCCCCGCCCCCAUCCGUUUGAUGAUUGACAAGGCCGAGGUGACGAGCUCGGAGACCAAAUACAUCUACACCGAGGACCCGACCAUCAGCAGCAUAGAACCAAACUGGACUAUACUGAAUGGCAGUACAGUGAUAACAGUCACGGGAACCAACCUGCUGACGAUCCAGGAACCAAAAGUCAGAGCCAAGUACGGAGGAGUGGAAACUAAUAAUUUCUGCACCGUCGUCAACGACAGCACCAUGACAUGUUUGGCUCCUGGCCUGGUUUACGGUAAACCCAACCCACCAGAGGGGGCGCUGCGAUCUGACGAGUUCGGCUUCAUCUUUGACCAGGUCUCCUCCCUGCUGGUCCUGAACUCUACCCCCUUCACUCACUACCCCAACCCGACCUUUGACCCUCUUGGGAACUCUGGGAUCCUGGAGGUCAAACCAGGGUCACCCAUCAUCCUCAAGGGCAAAAACCUGAUCCCCCCUGCCCCCGGUAACAACCGUCUGAACUACACGGUUCUGAUUGGAGAGUCCCCCUGCCUGUUGACCGUGUCAGAGAACCAGCUGCUCUGUGAUUCGCCAGAUCUCACCGGAGAACAGCGAGUCGUGAUCCUUGUCGGUGGUCUGGAGUACUCCCCGGGUACGCUCCACAUCUACUCCGACAGUGCCCUGACGCUUCCCGCCAUCAUCGGUAUCGGAGCAGGCGGGGGUGUGCUGCUCAUAGCAAUCAUUGCCGUGCUGAUCGCCUACAAGAGGAAGACUCGCGACGCGGACCGGACCCUGAAACGCCUCCAGCUGCAGAUGGACAACCUGGAGAGCCGGGUGGCACUAGAGUGCAAGGAGGCCUUUGCAGAACUGCAGACAGACAUCCAGGAACUGACCAACGACAUGGACGGAGUCAAGAUUCCUUUCCUUGAGUAUCGAAACUACACCAUGAGAGUCAUGUUCCCAGGAAUAGAAGAACAUCCGGUCCUCAAAGAACUCGACUCUCCAGCCAACGUGGAGAAAGCUCUGCGUCUCUUCAGUCAGCUGCUCAACAACAAGAUGUUCCUGCUGACCUUCAUCCACACCCUGGAGGGACAGAGGUCGUUCUCCAUGAGGGACCGCGGGAACGUCGCCUCGCUGCUGAUGGCUGCUCUGCAGGGUCGUAUGGAAUAUGCUACCGUGGUGUUAAAACAGCUGCUUGCUGACCUGAUUGAGAAAAACCUUGAGAACAGGAACCAUCCCAAACUGCUGUUGAGGAGGACGGAGUCGGUAGCUGAGAAGAUGCUGACAAACUGGUUCACCUUCCUGCUGCAUCGAUUCCUCAAGGAGUGCGCAGGCGAGCCGCUCUUCAUGCUGUACUGUGCCAUAAAGCAGCAGAUGGAGAAAGGACCAAUCGACGCCAUCACCGGAGAAGCUCGCUACUCUCUGAGUGAAGACAAACUGAUCAGACAGCAGAUCGACUACAAACAGCUGACCCUGAUGUGUAUCCCUCCGGAGGGCGAGGCAGGGACGGAGGUGCCGGUGAAGGUGUUGAACUGUGACACAGUGACUCAGGUCAAAGACAAACUGCUGGACGCCGUUUACAAAGGAAUCCCAUUCUCUCAGAGACCUCAGGCCGACGACAUGGACCUCGAGUGGCGCCAGGGUCGACUGACCCGCAUCAUCCUGCAGGAUGAAGAUGUGACAACAAAGAUAGAGAGCGACUGGAAGAGACUGAACACACUGGCACACUACCAGGUAACAGACGGCUCUCUGGUGGCGCUGGUCCAGAAGCAAGUUUCUGCCUACAACAUCGCCAACUCCUUCACCUUCACCAGAUCACUGAGCAGAUACGAGUCGUUACUCCGCACAUCCAGCAGUCCUGACAGUCUGAGAUCCAGAGCACCGAUGAUCACCCCGGACCAGGAGACAGGAACUAAACUGUGGCACCUAGUAAAAAAUCAUGAGCACAGUGACCAGAGAGAAGGAGACCGAGGCAGCAAGAUGGUGUCUGAGAUCUACCUGACCAGACUGCUGGCUACCAAGGGGACACUGCAGAAGUUUGUGGACGACCUGUUUGAGACUGUAUUUAGCACCGCCCACCGCGGCUCUGCGCUCCCAUUGGCUAUCAAAUACAUGUUUGACUUCUUGGACGAGCAGGCCGACAAACGACAGAUCACUGACCCGGACGUCCGACACACCUGGAAGAGCAACUGCCUUCCUCUCAGGUUCUGGGUCAACGUCAUCAAAAAUCCACAGUUUGUGUUCGACAUCCACAAGAGUAGCAUCACAGACGCCUGUCUGUCGGUCGUCGCACAAACCUUCAUGGACUCCUGUUCGACGUCCGAACACCGACUCGGCAAAGACUCACCCUCCAACAAGCUGCUCUACGCUAAAGACAUCCCCAACUACAAGAGCUGGGUGGAGAGGUACUACAGGGAUAUUUCGAAGAUGCCCAGCAUUAGUGAUCAGGACAUGGACGCCUACCUGGUGGAGCAGUCCCGUCUCCACGGCAAUGAGUUCAACACACUGAGCGCGCUCAGUGAGCUCUACUUCUACAUCAACAAAUACAAGGAGGAGAUUCUGACAGCGUUGGACCGGGAUGGUUACUGUCGCAAACACAAACUGAGGCACAAACUGGAGCAAGCCAUCAAUCUGAUGUCUGGGAGCAGCUGAGAGGAGGAGAAUGAAGAAUGGACUGAUGGACUUAUGGAUCGAUGGGGGGGUUGGGAGGAAGAGUCGGGGAGGGGGAAGUCAGGGCAUUUUGUUUUCUGAACUGUUUGAACAGUCAGCCGAACUGCUCCGUGUUGGACUGAACUGACGGCCACAGCUCCAGUCCUUUAGCGAUCAAUCCAUCAGUAAUUUAUUUGUCAAUUGACUGAUUGAUUGAUUUGACUUACUGGCUGACUGGGACCCCAACUACCUCCGUUUGGUGGGUUUUGGGGAAGAAAAUCAGUUUCCAAACCGAUUUGGAUACAUUUACAACAUGACUUCAUUGUGGAAAGAAGUCAUUUUGUGGAUAAAAAAACCAAACCGAGAUGCAUCUGUCGGUUUGGAUUUGGAUUUACAUCUACUGAAGGUGUAAGCAGGGAUCAAAGCAAGGGGGACGUGGCUGUGGAAAGACCUGGACACUAGGUUGAAGACUGAGUCCGGUUUCAUCAAACAAGAAAUGUGACGUCAGGACUAAUUGACUUGACUUCAGGAUUCCUAGCUUGGUUUGGAACUGUCUGGAUCCUUGGUUGAAGAGCAAAAGGUCAGGUCAACAUUUUCAAAGCUACGGACUUCACCUUAGAAUACUUGGUCUGUUCUGCAAAAUGCAGAAACUACACUAAUGUUUAAAAAGGCACAGCAAAAUCACAACAGACAUGAGCCUACCUUCAAGACGCCAUCAUAAGGGUGACAAAUCCAGGCUACAUAUCCAAAGUGCAAGUCAAGGCUUACAGCGGACGUUUGAGGCCUCUUACUGAUGUCGUUACUUUGGACUCUUGUCCUUACAUUGAAGUCCUUACCUUACCUUACCUUGUCUUGAUUAAUCCGGAUUCACUUAAGAAGAUCAGGUCAAGUUUUCAGUUGGAACAUUCGACCCUACUUGUUUGCAAAGUAUUCAUAAAAUAGUAUGAGCUUUAAUGAAGGAGGAAAAAAAGCAAACAGACUGAGGUAUCAAAAACGGAUGACUUGACCUAACCCUGUGGCAAAUGACAGGAGUUCAUCUUUGGAGAUGCCAAGAUAAUUUGAAUUGACCUUGGACUGUUCGACCAAGCUUCAUCAGGAUCAAGGACUUUCAAAGUUGCUGUUUUAAAUAACCACUCAAUGUUUCUUCUCUGGACAAUCACUCUGUACCACAGCACACUGAGCCCGAUGCCUACCGACGACCAGUACCUGUGUCCAUAAACCUGCCCUUUCCUCCCACCAUCUUCUUUUCCUUUUCUUUCCAUCCUCAAAUCCUGAUAAUUUCACCUACUUUCGCUUGACUUGUUUCUUCAGUUCAUCUCCUACUUUAUCCUCCCUUUCUUUUCCUUGAUUAUUUUCCAACCCCCUCCCCUUAUUAUUUCCCUUCCCCCUUGACCCUGCUCCAUCAUUGGUCAGUCAUGCUGGCCUCCGGCCAUCUUAAUGGCCAGGAAGACUCUUUGUAAUGUACUGCCCGACCAAUCAAGACUGUGGAUCUCACUAGAAUUGUGAACAAUUAAGUAGAAAUGAGUAAAAGACAAAUACAGAAUUACGUUUUUGAAUACAUUCCAGCACAGACACACAGGCAAGGUCUGUAAGUAAGCAGGUUGACCCGUUGAUUUUUGGAAGUAAGGAACUUCUGAAAGUAGACUGCGCUUCAUUUUUCAGGACCAGAACGACCUGGAAGACGGGGAUUCUGGAAUCAGCACCAGUCAGUGAACUUUGACACUGGUUGGUGCCGAUCGCUUUAUCGUCAGACCUUGCACAUAUACCCACAUAGAGCCAUGCUUUACAGCGCCACGCUAACCGUGCCCAGGGGGAAAUACUGUGCAGAGCUACAAGCCCAGUGCCAUGUUAAGACCGGACCGGAUCUUGUCAGAGCUGGACCGGACUUGGACCAAACCCGGAUCAAAUACAAGUUUUAACUGGACCAGAAUCAAGAACUCUUCAGACUUGUGGCCAUAAUUGUAAACAACAAAAAAGAAAGAUAAUAAUAAUAAUAACAAUAAUAAUAAUAAUAAUGAUGAUGAUGAUAAAGUAUAAAAGAAUACAAAAAGAAAGGAAAAAAAGAAAUUUUAAAAUGUAACAUGUAAUAAGAACUUUGUGGAUGUGACAGUAUGGAUUUUGCGGAGCUGAACUUGUAUAAAGCUGAAUGUUAUGCUACAUCAGAGUCUGGAGAAAAGAGAGAGAGAGCCAGGAGAUGGAGCGAUGGAUAAGACCAAGGCCCAACCGACGCCAUCCUCACACCAGAACGGACAAAACUGAGUUGAACUGGAUUUAUCUGGACUGAACGACUCUGCUCUGUUUGGAACCUAAAGGAGCUGGAGUUGAUCUCAGUCAAAGGGGGAAAAACAAACUUCAAAUUUUGGUAUUUUUUUUCCAAACUGGGUGAUUGUUUUGUUUUUCUAAACGGAACAGGAGUGUAGUGUGCCGAAUGGAGGGUUGGCCUGGAGGUUUGUUGGGUGGUGGUCGGAGGGGGUUAAAUUGUUGCAUGUUUGCUUCGGAUUGGAGUCUUUUGUUUUGAUGAGCUCUUGUACAUCCUAGAGACGAAUGAGGGUGCUUUCACACUGCCGGCUCAGUCUCAGAUCGACUUCUAAAAGUAUAUUUGACGGAGGAAUCAUACCUCCUUCCACAAGGAUGCUCCACCAUAGCACCAACCUUGACAAUGCUGGUAAGAAAACCUGCACGGAUGGACUCAGCUGAACCCAGUGUGUAACGCUCAUAAUUCUCUGAAUGAUGGUUAAAUAUCAGGUUGAGGACUUUCUAUCAUGGCAUUGCUGCAGCUCUCAUCCCCCCACACACCUCUUUGUUUCUGUGGCAGAACAUUUACACUUCGCACAACUGGAUCAUGUGCUUUUUUCAGAGGUCAAAUUUUUUUUUUCUCUUUUGUCAGAAUGAAAGUUUGACAGUUGUAUCUAAACUUUUGAAGACAAACAAUACUAGAAUAGCAUUCAGUGGAGCUCAUACGUCCACCAAGGCCCAACAGUCCCCUUAAAUUCCAUCAAGCCGCACCAAAUUGCACACACUCAGAGGUUUCCACAAGAUCCAUGAAUUGUUCCCUGAAAAUGUCUCCCAAAAAAAGCCCUAUCUCAGGAUAUUAAAGAAAGAGGUAAAAACCUUAGUGGCAGCUGAUAACCGAUUGCCACAAGUGAGACUGACCUCAUGUCGAUAACGUAACAAAAACCUGAAUUGGGUUAAACGUCAACUGCGACUGACAAUCCGCAGCGAGUUUUAAGUCUUACAAUAAAGGGGAGGCCAAUUCUGGCAUUUCCAGGUUAUCUUCGAAACCCGUACAUAUGGAUUAGUAAACCACACAUCGAUUGGCAAAGUGUAGAUGGAAAUUGGGGUUCAAGGUUUCCAUUUGUUUGAGAUAAUGCCAAUGAUUAAAAAAAAAAAAAAAAACUUACCCAAACUUGACAAUGGGUGCUUUACUACAAACAACUGUCUCCGCCCUUGUGAGAAUAAAAUAUCCUUUUCAAGGCAUAUCUGGAUUAUAAAUCAGAAUCCGUGAGAAGUGCAAACUGACGGCCUGUAUGUAUCGUUCACCGCUCUGUGUGCAGACGCCAUCAGGUCUUUUUAAGACUCAGAAAAGCCGUUGUGUUAUCUGAAAAUGUUCUGCCACAGCUGCAGCCUCUCUCUGCUGGCUCUGUGCGAUGCCAUGAAGCUAUAAAGCACCUUUUUUUUUUUUUUUUUUUACUUUCUUGAUGUUGUUUCACUGUUGUUUGAAUCUUUGGGGCCAAAAGGACCCGAAUGAGGAGGAAGAGGAGGAGGAGAAAGGGUCCUGAUAAAAGACUGCCUUUUAAUGAUUAAUUAUAGAACAGGGAGGGAAGCCACUACCAUACCAAUACCACUGUUCAUCCAACGUGUGUGUGUGUGUGUGUGUGCGUGCGUGUGCGUGUUAUCCUUUUACUGCUGCUGCUGCUGCUGCAGUGGAAACUCAACCGUAAAACCACCGAUCGUAUCUGCAGCUCAAUUAAAAAUAUUUUUCUUUACAGUCGCACUUUUGAAAUCGACCGAUGGCUAUCUGAACAUUUUUAUAAAUUUCCGACAUGAUCUUCGGUCUGAAUUGAAGAAAAAAAAAGAAAGAAUACAUAAAUAAAAAAAAUCUAUCAUAGUCCUGUAAACUCAAAGUUAUCAAAAGUUUAAAAAAAUGGAGUAAAAUUGUUCUCAUUGCUCUUUUGAUUGGAAUGUGCCUUUUUAGAUGCGUGAUGAGAUUGGUAGUUUAGAGGAGAAGAGGGCUUUCUGUCAACAUGCUGGAGGGUGAGGAGGAGUGUACAAGGGGGAGGAAGAGGAGAAAGAAUAAACAAAUUCUCCAGGAAGGAAAGGGAUUAUGUAGAGAUGAUGUAAACGAGGAGGAAAUCCCAGCUGCAUGCUGAAAAGUGAGGAAGAUGAGAAAUUAGAAUUCAACUGCAGAGAGGAGGAGGAGGAAGAAUGGACAUGUUCUAUCAAACCAAAAGGUGAAGUAGAGGAGAAAAAAACUGAUGUUUUCCAAACACAGAGAGGAGAAAUAAAUGUUAUAUAGUAGAACGCAGAGGGAUCAUGAUGAGAAGAGGAGGUCAGAUUUCCUUUUUUGUAUGCUAAAGUGAGAGGCAGCAUGAGGAAGAUGAGGAGGAGGAGGAGGAGGGAUGGAAGGACACGCCACUGGAAUACUGAGAGCAGGAGGGAGGGAGGAGACAUGGAGAAUACUGAUCAGGGGGGAAAAGACAGAGACAUCGUCAUCCAUCAAACUGGCUGAGGAAGGAAAGGUCUCGGAGAGGAGAAGGAGAAAAUGCUCCCGGUGCAGAGAUGUGCACAGGAAGAGGAGGAGAACACGGCAAUAAAACGAGAGCUAGUAAAGAUCCAGGACUGUGUAUCCAUGUGUCAUGGUCCUGGAUGAUUAUUAGUAGAAAACUGAUAAAGAGAUCAAAUUAACUAGAAUGUCACGAUACUAUCGCGCAAAACAAAAAUUCCUUAACCUGCACCAAAAUGUAAUGUAAUAAUCUUUCUUGGCCCGUGUCCCAUCCUUCUGCUAAGUUUUGUGGAAAUCUGUUAAGCAGUCUUUGUGUAAUCCUGCAGACAUACAAACAAACAAAUGGACGGGGGUGAAAACUUCACCUCCUUGGCGGAGGCAAUUUGGUGCGAACACAUUGAUUUUUGUGGGGGGGGGGGGUUUACACUGUGGCAGUGAGCAGCAUGUUUGUGUGUUUGUUCGUGAGUCUUGUUUCCACACACAGAAACACACAUAAUUUAACAUCCUCCAUCUUUCGAACACAUCGCUGGGAGGAGGUAACAGAGACUGAAGAGGCUGGUGGGGAGGGUCUGGUCUAAGUCCUGGAACAGCAAACAAAACAAACCGGUAUUAGGUCAAUACCUUGUUUUAGCUGCAGUGCCCAUCCAUCUGCCCAAACACACACACACACACACACACUCGGCUCAGAGUUUUUAACAUUCUCCAGCAUUGAGAUAUUUAUUGAUGAUUUUCUUUUUAUGUUUUAAUUUAUUUUUCGUGAUGAGUUAUAUUUAUUGUUGGAGGAUGUACACGAGUUUAUGAGCUUGUACAGCGUUAAAGAGAGAUUAGAGCUCAACAAUAGACUUUUACCACACACACACACACACACACACAAACAUUUUCACACUCAAUCCAGUCAUGAUACAUAGUACAUAUGUGCAGGCUUGGAAACGACCAUCUAUCAUCAAAAACUGAAAUGAGUAUCUUGUUUAUAUCUCAGGUUUCUUCGAUACAUUCAAUUCUGUUGUGUUGAAAUUUUGUGCCCACUAUGCCCCCUCCCGUACCAAAGUGUACAGUGUUUCCUUUUUAUUGAUCAGUUCUCGCCUAAAAUACUGAAACAUUUCAGUUAGAUCCACGCUAACGUCUGUAGCUGAAUCUCAAGUGGAGCUGUAAUCUCCAAAAUUAUCAGAAAAGAGUGGAUUGACUCUCAAGAGUCAAAUUGAAGUCGUGGUUGGUCGUUUCCUAUCCUGUCCAUGUUCACAUCCUUUGAUUUGUCCGACAGCUGAGGAGUCACUGGACAGAUCGAUUGAUAUGGUUUUUUAGAAUCAUUUAUCAGACUCACUUUGCUCACAGCGUGAACAGAGCAGUCGUACAAAUCUUUCAACUCCUCUGACUCUUAAUCCAGACUAUGUUUGUCAGGAGUUGGGCGGGAGCAGGGACAGAAACAUCAGGGAUACUGGGCUCUCCCACUGAAAAUCAAUGGAGUAGGAGCUAUUCUCCAUUCGAUAUAGGAUAGAUUUUUUGUAGAAGGUGAUUUCAUGUCGUCAUACCAACUAAAAUUCUUUCUCAAAGGAUAUCUCAAGUUUCCCCCAUUUGAAAUUAGUGGUUCUAUUGGACUCACCCCCACAAUCGAACACACUGGUUUGAAGAUUAAAUCUGUCUAAUUAGAGAAAGUUUGGAAUCUCCCAGUGGUCGCUUCAUGAAUGUCCAUUUUUCACACGCGGCCGUCCCACUGGACAUCGAUCGAUCACACAUUUGUUUUACUUGGAAAUCUAGAAAAAAAUUCCAUUUUCUGCCAAUGGGAGAUGGUUAUAAAUCUGAUGCCCCUUUGUGAGACGUGUGCGACCACCAGGUGUGAUCAGUGGGAGCCUCAGGAACCCAAAGUCAAAGCAGUUAAAAGUGCUCCGCCUUUGAAAAUCAGUUGCAGUUGAAUCAAUGAAUCAAUCAAUGAUUGUUGAACGACUGCUCCCUCAUGUAAGCCCCUCCCACCCCUGCAGACUCCUGACUGAUGAUUGAUUGACCGACAGACGGGUCGAGCCUACAGCGAAUCCAAGCGGGCGUCAUUGUACCAUAGCAACAGUGAAUCACUGAACUCCCCACUGAGCUUGGACGGGGAGUCUGAUGUUUUUAUUGUACCAUAAUAGGAUUAUUAUUAUUAUUACAAUGAUUAUAAUUAAUAUUAUUCUGAGCAGAUGCUUCUCAGCUGAUGGAUUGGGAUCCAUCACGUUCAAAUUAACUUUAUCUGUAUGCACUUUUCCUGAACAAAUUCCCUGAUUUUCAAACACAACACCACCAAACUCCCAGAUCUCAGUUGUUUCCCUGUUCGGGUCCCAGGGCCUCCGGCUGAGAAGCGCCGCUCAUACAGGAAUCUUGUGUCUUAGUUCAUGAUGGGAUUGUUCAUCCGGGCAGCGUUUCAGGUGCUUCAGGUGUCAGAUGGCAAGGCUUCCACGAUGAGUUGAACUGAUGAGUCCGCUGUGAUGCCACAACCCGAUGUCAUGUUCUUAAGUACAGGAACCCUGAGGGUUGGGAACCUGAGGACAGUUGGUACCAAUCCCAUCAGAGGAUCAUUGGACUUGAUCGUCAUGAUGCUCAGGGAACAGACACUUUAACACAAGUUGAGUGCUUUGGGUACUUGAAAAGCGCUUUAUAAAUCCAAUAUAUUAUUAUUAUUAUUAUAAAACCUGAGACCUGCAGCAGUUUUGAUCCAGCCCACCUUGGGUCCUGGGUUGAGUACAGAGUACUAAAGACCUUGUCUCCAUAUCAAACACAUCAGAGUCUGGCUGCAGCAGUUUGGGAACAAAACCCUGAAACGCAGCUGAUCCAAAGUGUAUUAAUUCAUCCAAACAAUCCACUAGCACUCGGAUCAUGUGAUGUAGUGCAGAUCAAGAUUAGAUUUUUAGUUCAAUCACAUGUACUCGGGAUUCUUGUGACCUCACAGCGCUACCGUCUCAACCCACGAACGAAGCCUCGCGAUCUGCCGCAGCGCCGCUGUUCAUUCACUCUGCCUGAAAACAUAGAAACACGUGUCGCCUUGAUUCAGCGCUUUCCAGGACGUGGUCGGGGCCCAUUUUUUGAUACCAUUUGCCAUUGCCUUGUUUUUAUUUUUUUUUUUACUUUUGCUGAGUUACAAUGUAAUGAUGAUGAUGAUGAUGAGUCUUCUUCAUGUAAUAGCCUGUGUCCGUUUUUAUACCAUUGCCAUUGCCUUCUGCUGAGUUUGUAUAUUUGUGUGAUUUCACUAAAGUGUAAUGGAAAAAUUGAAAA